GAGAAAACACAAGCAAAGGCGUUAGUGGAGGAGCACAGACACUGAACAGGGCAGGUUGAAUCUACACAGUUCUCAUGCUGUGGUUAAAUGCGCAGCUCUGCCCAGCAGCGGCUCAUUGUUGAUCACAGUCAGUUUGUGUGAGUAAAGAUUUGCUCUGAGAAAUCAUGGCAGAAGAAACCGCUCCAGCGUCUGCCGCGACCAAAGCGACCAAGAAGAAAUCAGCCGCUAAACGCAAGAGAACCGGCCCAAGCGUCGGCGAGCUCAUCGUCAAGACUGUGUCCGCAUCUAAGGAGAGGAGCGGUGUGUCCCUCGCUGCCCUGAAGAAAGCGCUCGCUGCCGGUGGCUACGAUGUGGAGAAGAACAACUCCCGUGUCAAGAUCGCCGUUAAGAGUCUGGUGACUAAAGGUACCCUGGUCCAGACCAAAGGGACCGGCGCCUCUGGCUCCUUCAAGCUCAACAAGAAGCAGGCUGAGACCAAGACAAAACCUGCUAAGAAAGCUGCUCCUAAAGCCAAGAAGCCCGCAUCCAAGAAACCUGCUGCCGCUAAGAAGCCCAAAACUGCAGCAGCAAAGAAACCCAAAACUGCAGCAGCAAAGAAAUCCGCCGCUAAGAAAACGCCGAAGAAGGCGAAGAAACCAGCCGCUAAAAAGGCAACAAAGAGCCCCAAGAAGGCAAAGAAACCAGCGACUCCUAAGAAAGCAGCAACUCCUAAAAAAGCAGCCAAAAGCCCUAAAAAGGCAAAGGCAGCCAAACCCAAAACGGCGAAACCUAAAGCAGCCAAGCCUAAAAAGACAGCAGCAAAAAAGAAAUAAACUCCCUACUUUACCCCUGUGUGUUUUAUAAAAAAGGCUCUUUUAAGAGCCACC